AUGGCGGCAGCGGUUGCGCCUCUCCCGCCGCUGAGGCUUCCUUCGGGGCCUUCACCGGUUACGGCAGAGCAGAAAUACUGGAAAUCGUUCACGAAUCAGCUUAUACUGCCGUCACCGACACAAUACCCCAUCACCCACAUCACCGUCCCUGCCGCGAACCCAGCCACGACCGAGUUCUCCAAUAAUGACUACUUCGCCGUCACCACCGGGACGCGAGUCCAGAUCUACUCGAUACGAACCAGGAAGCUCGUCAAGACCAUCACGAGAUUCGGAGACAUCGCCCGGAGCGGAGACGUGCGGCGAGACGGACGGAUAGUAGUCGCUGGAGACGACUCCGGCAAGAUCCAGGUCUUCGACGUCAAGUCGCGAGCCAUUCUCAAGACCUGGACGCAGCACAAGCUGCCCGUGUGGACGACCAAGUUCUCUCCCACCGAUCUCACCGCCCUCAUGAGCACCGGCGAUGACAAGACCGUCCGCCUGUGGGACCUGCCCAGCCAAGAAAGCACGUCGACCUUCGUCGGCCACGGCGACUACGUGCGGAGCGGCUGCUUCAUGCCGAACUCGACGUCGAACACCUUGGUCUCGGGCAGCUACGACGCCACGGUCAAGAUCUGGGAUCCGCGGACGCCGGGCGCGGCCGUCAUGACCUUCCGGCACGCGGCCCCGAUCGAGGACGUGCUGCCCCUGCCCUCGGGCACCACCGUCGCCGCCUCGGCCGAGAACCAGAUCUCGGUGCUCGACCUCGUCGCCGCGAAGCCGCAGCGCGUGCUCGCCAACCACCAGAAGACGGUGACCUCGCUGUCCCUCGCGUCCGGCGGCCGCCGCGUCGUCUCGGGCGGCCUCGACGGCCACGUCAAGGUCUUCGAGACGACCGGCUGGAACGUCGUCGCCGGCCUCAAGUACCCCUCGCCGAUCCUCGCCGUGCGCGUCGUCGCCGGCGGCGGCGGCGGCGGCGGCGGCGGCAGCAGCAGCAGCAGCGACAGCGACCGCCACCUCGCCGUCGGCAUGCAGUCCGGCGUGCUCUCGCUGCGCACGCGGCUCGCCGGGCCCGAGGCGGCGCGCGACCGCGAGCGCGAGAAGGAGAUGGCGGCGCUGCUCGCGGGCACGAUCGGGGCGCACGACCGGGCGGCGGCGAAGCGGAAGCGGCGGGGCGGCGGCGGCGCGGCGGCGGCGCGGCUCGACAUGGCGGGCGAGGGCGCGGACGUGGUGAUCGCGAACGACGCGUCGCGGCGGCGCCGCGAGGCGGGGUGGCAGCGGGACCUGCGGCAGGGGCGGUUCCGGGCGGCGCUGGACCGGGCGCUGGACGAGGGGACGCGGACGCAGGGGCCGGUGGCGGUGCUGGCGCUGCUGCUGGCGCUGCGGCACCGCAGCGCGCUGCGCGACGCGCUGGAGCGGCGCGACGAGGUGUCGGUGCAGCCGGUGCUGCGGUGGGUGCAGGCGCACAUCAUCGACCCGCGCUACGUCGACGUGUGCGUCGACGUGGCGACGCACCUGCUGGACCUGUACGCGCACCAGCUCGCCGCCAGCGCCGAGCUCGAGGCCGCCUUCCGCCUCCUGCACCGCCGCGUCCGCCAGGAGGUCGAGCGCGCCCAGGCCGCCGUCAAGACCGGCGGCAUGCUCGAGACCCUCCUCGCCCACGCCGACUGA